AUGCUUGCUCGUUUGGGAAUAGCGCGGCCCUCUUAUGUGGCGGUCCAACGAUUCUUACACGCAGCAAUCGAGCGCAAUGCUGCCUUUGACAAAGUGUCGGAGAAGGAUGUUGCAUUUUUCGAGCAAGUUUUAGGAUCAAGCGGAGUCAUUUCAGACCCAGACGCAUUGGUGCCAUUUAACCGAGACUGGCAAAAAAAGUAUGUCGGGAACGCAAAGGUGGCUCUCCGACCACGCACGACACAACAGGUUUCGGAGCUGCUACGGUACUGUUCCUCCCGGCGGCUGGCGGUGGUCCCCCAGGGUGGCAACACCGGGCUGGUGGGGGGCAGUGUACCCGUGUUUGACGAGGUCGUGGUGAGCACCGCGGCGAUGAACCGGAUACUGCACUUUGAUGAGGUGUCAGGUACCUUGAUCGCGCAGUCAGGGGCGGUGCUUCAGGCCCUGGACGAGUACGCGGGGCAGAGGGGCUUCAUGAUGCCCUUGGACCUAGGUGCCAAGGGCAGCUGCCACAUCGGCGGCAACGUGUCCACCAACGCGGGAGGUCUGCGGCUCGUACGGUACGGCUCCCUGCACGGCAGUGUACUGGGAUUGGAGGGCAGUGGGGGCGACGGCCGUGUUUUGGAUUUGCUGCGCACCCUUCGAAAGGACAACACGGGCUUUGAUCUGAAGCAGCUUUUCAUCGGGGCCGAAGGGACGCUAGGCAUUAUUACAGCCGUCGCCAUCCAAUGCGCACCCCGCCCCGCCUCCGUACAGCUCGCUCUGCUGGCUUGCCCCUCCUUCCAGGCAGUCACCGCCACCCUCCGUGCAGCUCGCCGCGUGUUGGGGGAAGUGCUCAGCGCGGUGGAGUUCCUGGACCAGGCCUGCUCACACCUCGCCACCCGCCACCUCGAGGGGGUCAGGAACCCCUUGGUGCAGCAGCUGCAGCCCCUUGAGGGGCCCCAGGGCGGAGGGGAAGGAGGAGCAGGUGCGACCCAUGGGUCGGCGGACGCCCAAUCGGCUCCGUUCUACAUGUUGGUUGAGACGCACGGAAGCGAUGUGGAUCACGAUCAGCAGAAGAUGGAGCGAUUCCUGGAGUCGGUGAUGUCUGAGGGCCACGUCACGGACGGCACUCUGGCCACCAGCGAGGCCCAGGCGGGGGCCAUUUGGCGGCUGAGGGAGGGCAUCUCGGAGGCGCUGGUGCGGAGGGGUGCCGUGUACAAGUACGACGUGAGUCUGCCUACUGCCGUCAUGUACGACUUGGUUGAGGUCAUGCGGAGUCGGUUGGCGGCGGGUGGUUACGGUUCUGAUGCGGGAGUGCUGGUGGUGGGUUACGGCCACAUCGGGGACGGCAACCUGCACCUCAACAUCUCCGCACCCAGGUACGACGAUGCACUGCUGUCGCUCAUCGAGCCGUUCGUGUACGAGUACGUCAGCCGCCACAACGGCAGCAUCUCCGCGGAGCACGGCAUAGGGCUCAUGAAGGCGCAGUGUCUGUCGUACAGCAAGGGCGCUGUGGCUGUAGAGCUGAUGCGGCGUAUCAAGGAGGUCGUGGACCCCGUGGGCAUUAUGAAUCCGUACAAGGUGCUGCCGCCCAGAUAG